CUUUCAAACGAAAACAAAACUCGUAGAAAUCAUCAUUGUGAAAUGAAACCAAAUCAUUUUCAUUUCAUAAGCCCACAAAGAUGGAUGAUGAGGAUUAUCAUAGAAAGGCUUUGCAGUGCAUAUAUCGAACUUAUGGCUUGUUAUGUGAUUACGAUUGGCGUAUGGAGAAAAUUACCAAACGGGGAGAGACCAUAAGUAGCAUAUAUCGUGAGGGAUAUGGAAAGAUAUAUAAAUUGACUUGUAGUUUGCAGUAUCCUGCCCAGGCCUUGUGCCAUGAUAUUUUCCACAACAUUGAAGAGGUGCCCACAUGGAAUCCCACAAUGUUGGAAUCCAAAGUUAUAAAAAAAAUCAACUCUUACACCGAAAUAGGGCAACAGGCCUUACGUUGUGGCGGUGGUGCUGGCCUCAUACAAAGUCGUGAUUUUGUUAAUCUAUGCUGUUGGCGCUUAUUGGUCAAUGGUGAAAUGCAAGAGUCCCCCAUAGAUUUUGAACAUUUUAAACAGAUUUUUAAAAAACCUUCCACCUUAAUGAAUGAACAUUUAGAAAAUGAAAAAUUUUAUCGAAAAAAUGGACGAGUUUGGUUGAAUGCUGCCAUGAGUUUGGAAUAUCCAAAUGCUCCGCCUACUAUGAAAUUUGUUCGUGGUGAAAAUUUGAUUUCCGGUUUUGCUGCUUGUGAGGUGGAAAAUAAUCCCGAUGUGUGCAUAUUCGAAUGGAUCUUGUGUUUGGAUCUGAAAGGCUAUAUACCGCGUUCCUUAUUGGACAGGUGCUAUACCACCUUCAUGACUGAUUAUAUGCAACAUUUCCAAAAACAUGUGGAUGAAUUGCGGCAAGUGUAUAUAAAUAAAAGUUGUUGA